AUGAAGGCAGGUUAUCUUCUACCCGUUCUUUUGGGCUUUCUUGGGGCCGUGGUCGCUUUCGAAGUGGGCAGUCUUUCUGGAUACAUCGACGAGAUUCCGACCUGUUCCCUCUCGGCGUUUGCCAGGGCCAUGAACCAAGAAGGCUGCGACACGUCCAAGGUUGAUGGCUCCGACAUCGAGUGUCUCUGCAAACACGCGGGGUUCAUUGCCCGUGAUGUGGCGCGCGACGUUGAGGCGCCCUGCGCCCUCGACUUCGGGGGUGCUGUCGGCAAGGCCUGUGGCGUCUGGAUCGCCUGGAGCUCCUCAGCUACCGACUUUCCCCGUGCAACAAGCAUUCUCGGGGAUAAACUUCGCGGCAAGGGCUCAGCGGCAACCAAGACGUCCGAUGGCUCAUCCGCGGCGGCAAGCACGACAGCCGCGGGCGACAAUUCGUCCUCAUCAGACACUGUGACAAACACUCCCGGGCAGACCACCUCUCCGCCCGCUGCGGGGACAGCGACGCAGUCUGGGGUGAUAUAG